GGCGCUCUGUGCGCACAACCGGAAGUGUCUGUAGGCGACUCGGCCAAGAUGGCUGCGGGCACGGAGGGGUCCGGCUUCGAGCACAUGGGACUGGACCCGCGGCUGCUGAGGGCGGUGGCAGAGCUGGGCUGGGCAACCCCCACGGCCAUCCAGGCCCAGGCCAUUCCCCUGGCACUGGAGGGCAGGGACCUACUGGCACGGGCCAGGACGGGCUCCGGGAAAACGGGAGCUUACGGGCUGCCUCUGCUGCACAAACUGCUCAGCAUCAAGGAGGCGUCUCCAGCACUGCCCCAGGCCAUCCGUGCCCUGGUGCUGGUGCCCUCGGCAGAGCUGGGCCGGCAGGUCGGGCACGCUUUGCGCCAGCUCUCGGCAUUCUGCGCCCGCCAGCUGCGUGUGGUGGACCUGUGCUCCCAGAGCGACCCUGCUGCCCAAAGGCCCGUGCUGAUGGAGCAGCCUGACGUAGUGGUGGGCACCCCGGGGCGGGUCCUGGCACACCUGGGCGGGCACAGCCUGAGCCUGAGGCACUCGCUGGAGCUGCUGGUGUUGGAUGAGGCCGAUCUGCUGCUCUCCUUUGGCUUUGGGGACGACAUCAAGGCCCUCCUCUGCCACCUGCCCAAGAUCUACCAGGCCCUGCUGGUGUCAGCCACGUUCAACCCCGAGCUGGAGGCGCUGCAGGAGCUUGUGCUGCACAACCCUGCGCUGGUGCUGCCCCCAGAGCCACGGCUGCCGGGCCAUUCCCAGCUGCAGCAGUUCCAGGUGCGCUGUGGGACAGAGGAGGACAAGUUCCUGGUGCUCGUGGCCCUGCUGCAGCUGCGGCUGCUGCGGGGCCGGGCCCUGCUCUUCGUGGGCAGCCUGGCCAGGGCCUUCCGCCUCAAGCUCUUCCUCGAGCAGUUCGGCAUCCCCGCCUGUGCCCUCAACUCCGAGCUGCCCGCGGCCUCCAGGUGCCACGUCAUCGCCCAGUUCAACCGCGGCCUCUACGACUUCAUCGUGGCCACCGAUGAGGAGGGGCCUGUGGAGACCCCCCAGCGCCAGGCACGGAAAGGGGGGUCCCUGGGGAAGGGGAAGGGGAAGGGGAAGGCCAAGGACAAGGGGAAGGCCAAGGCCCAGGAUCCCGAGUAUGGGGUUGCCCGAGGCAUUGACUUCCAGAACGUCUCGGCCGUCAUCAAUUUCGAUGUCCCUCCCACGGUCGAGUCCUACAUCCACCGCGUGGGCAGGACAGCCCGCGGUGACAACCCUGGCACAGCGCUGACCCUGGCACUGCCCGAGGAGCACGAGGGGCUCACCCGCAUUGAGGAUGCUCUGGCAGGAGAGAACGGGCAGUCCAUGCUGCAGCCCUACAAAUUCUGCAUGGAGGAGAUCGAGUCACUGCGCUACCGCUGCCGGGAUGCCAUGCGCUCGGUGACCAAGCAGGCGGUGAAGGAGGCGCGGCUGCGCGAGAUCAGGGACGAGCUGCUCAACUCUGAGAAGCUCAAGACCUAUUUCGAGGACAACCCCCGGGACCUGCAUGUGCUCCGCCACGACAAGCCCCUGCACCCUGCCAUUGUGAAACCUCACCUGAGAAACGUGCCAGACUACCUGGUGCCCCCCAGCCUCCGGGGCAUUGCCAGGCCCGGCCCCAGGAAACGAAAGGGCACCCGAGUGCUCCGAGGGCCCAGCGCCCGGAGAGGGAAACCUGCUGGGGACUUGGAGGCAAACCACCUGCCCAAGAUCUACCAGGCCCUGCUGGUGUCAGCCACAUUCAACCCCGAGCUGGAGGCGCUGCAGGAGCUUGUGCUGCACAACCCUGCGCUGGUGCUGCCCCCAGAGCCACGGCUGCCGGGCCAUUCCCAGCUGCAGCAGUUCCAGGUGCGCUGUGGGACAGAGGAGGACAAGUUCCUGGUGCUCGUGGCCCUGUUGCAGCUGCGGCUGCUGCGGGGCCGGGCCCUGCUCUUCGUGGGCAGCCUGGCCAGGGCCUUCCGCCUCAAGCUCUUCCUCGAGCAGUUCGGCAUCCCCGCCUGUGCCCUCAACUCCGAGCUGCCCGCGGCCUCCCGGUGCCACGUCAUCGCCCAGUUCAACCGCGGCCUCUACGACUUCAUCGUGGCCACCGAUGAGGAGGGGCCUGUGGAGACCCCCCAGCGCCAGGCACGGAAAGGGGGGUCCCUGGGGAAGGGGAAGGGGAAGGGGAAGGCCAAGGACAAGGGGAAGGCCAAGGCCCAGGAUCCCGAGUAUGGGGUUGCCCGAGGCAUUGACUUCCAGAACGUCUCGGCCGUCAUCAAUUUCGACGUCCCUCCCACGGUCGAGUCCUACAUCCACCGCGUGGGCAGGACAGCCCGCGGUGACAACCCUGGCACAGCGCUGACCCUGGCACUGCCCGAGGAGCACGAGGGGCUCACCCGCAUUGAGGAUGCUCUGGCAGGAGAGAACGGGCAGUCCAUGCUGCAGCCCUACAAAUUCUGCAUGGAGGAGAUCGAGUCACUGCGCUACCGCUGCCGG